AUGUCUUUUUAUCCUGGAAAACAACAGGAUAAUCCUCCUGAAGACGAUCCAGCUAUAAUUGAACAGCGACGUCUAGCUGAAAACCUUGGACCCUGUCCAAAAGGUUUACCAAGAUUAUUUGGUUAUUCAAAGAAAAAAACAGUUUGUAAAAAAUGUAAUAAAACUUUUAAAGAUAUUCAUUUUCCUGAAGCUGGUAGUAUGAAUUAA